AUGGAUGGCGAUCAAAUAGUUUACGCAGUCACAGAUGAUCCCAGUGCUCCUCUUCUUCCUCUUCAUGACCCAACCCACAGGUCACAGAGGAGCUUCCGUUCAUGGACUAUUUCCAUUUUCACCCUCAACAGUUUCUUCAUUUUAUUGGGACCCCUACUGUGUACCAUCAUCUGUCUGUUUGUCAAACUCGACGCUCCGGUGACCAGCCGGAACAUGCUGGCCGUAUUGGCUUGGGUCUUCACUUGGUGGAUGACGGAGGCUGUUCCAAUGCCUAUAACCUCCAUGGCACCACUCUUUCUCUUUCCUCUCUUUGGAAUUGCCUCUGCUGAUGAUGUAGCACAGUCUUACAUGGAUGAUGUGAUUGCACUUGUUCUUGGAAGCUUUAUACUUGCUCUUGCCGUUGAGCAUUACAACAUUCACAGGAGAUUGGCGUUGAAUGUCUCACUCCUAUUUUGUGGGGACCCACUGAACCCACCGCUACUUCUGUUGGGAAUAUGUGCCACCACAGCAUUUGUCAGCAUGUGGAUGCACAACGUGGCAGCAGCUGUAUUGAUGAUGCAAGUGGCCACUGGAAUCCUACAGCGUUUCCCAUCGCGUCCCACACAAUCCAUCGUUGUCAGUAACUUCUGCAAAGCCGUGGUUCUGGGGGUGAUAUACUCUGCGGCCAUUGGAGGGAUAAGUACACUCACUGGUACAGGUGUCAACCUCAUAUUGGUUGGGAUGUGGAAGAGUUACUUCCCAGAAGCCAAUCCUAUCGGCUUCAACACUUGGUUCUUCUUUGGGUUCCCUCUGGCUUUGGUGAUUUUCUUUGCUUUGUGGGGUAUACUCUGUAUUUUAUACUGCAGAAGCGGGUCUGGUCAAGAGCUCUCUGUUUAUUUGGACAAAGCCCAUUUGAAGAGGGAGCUUGAAUUGCUUGGUCCAAUGGCUUUUGCUGAGAAGAUGAUAUUGGCAGUUUUUUCGAUGCUAAUAGUUUUGUGGAUGACAAGGAGCAUAACUGAUGAUAUUCCUGGGUGGGGAGUUCUCUUCAAUGACCGUGCCGGUGAUGGAACUGUUAGUGUGAUGAUGGCCACUUUACUCUUCAUAAUUCCAAACAUGAAGCAACCAGGUGAGAAGUUGAUGGAUUGGAACAAAUGCAAGAAGCUGCCAUGGAACAUCGUAUUACUAUUAGGGGCUGGUUUUGCAAUAGCUGCAGGAGUCAAGUCUAGUGGCCUUACUGAUGUGUUAUCAGAGGCAAUAAACUUCCUAGAGAAUGCCCCGUAUUUGACCAUUGCCCCUAUUGUCUGUCUCAUAGGCAGCACAGUCACCGAGUUCACAUCCAACAACGCCACCACGACCCUUCUCAUUCCUCUGCUGAUCCAAAUUGCGCAAACCAUGCACAUCCACCCGCUCCUUCUCAUGGUUCCCGGAGCUAUUGGAGCGCAAUUUUCUUACUUGCUUCCAACAGGAACUCCUUCAAAUAUUGUUGGUUUCACAACUGGACACAUAGAGAUUUUAGAUAUGAUCAAGACAGGGCUGCCACUUAAGGUUGCAGGAAUUGCUGCACUAACUUUUUUGAUGCCUACUCUUGGAGCUCUUGUCUUUGGGACAGAUAAACCACCAUAAAGCUUACGCAGGUUGUAGGAAGUCAUUGCAUUGAUCUGAAAGACGCAGAUCAUUUCAAACAAAAUUGAUGCAUUUUUUUUCUUUUUGAUUCUUCUUCUUGUUAAAAUAUCUUGUACUAUAGAUGCAGGGCUUGCCAAUUCAUUUUUUUUUCUUUUUUCCAUGAUUCUUGUAACAAUUUUUUAUAGUGAAG